AUGGCUCCAAAAUUAUCAGACUCGGAAAUCGAAGUUCAAAACAAAACGUCUCCAGUUAAAAUUCUAAGUUCCCCAAUUAAACCAACUGAUGAUAUUGAUGACAUUCAAUCUUUAUCUAAACGUUCUAAACCAAUAUUUGAAUCUGAAUUUACUCCUCUUAAUUCACUUCUAGAAUCAUCAUUUGAAAUUAAACUGUCAGAAAAUUUUGAUUUCGAAGAUCCAGUUACUUGGCCAUUAAUUAGCGAUAAAUUCCGUAUAUUCAUAGUAGAACACGGUCCUAAGUUAGAAAAUUACAAAAACUACAAUUUUCCAAUUGAUGAUACUGGUAGACAUUUUCAUGAAAAAUGGCUUUUCAGGACUUUACCAAAUGGAGAAGAAGAAUUUGAAAAAAGACUUCGUGGUGGUAAGACUAUUGAUUGCACUUUACAGAACGCAAUAACAUCCGAAAAAAAGAAGUGGAAAGAUAUUUUAAAAAUUUUAUUUGACGUUAUUUUAUUUUGUGCGAAAAAUAAUCUUGCUCUUAGAGGUACUGAUGAACGAAUUGGAAAACCUAAUUGCGGUAUAUUUUUGAACACACUUGAAUUGUUAAGUCAUUAUAAUCCAAUUUUAGCAUUAAAUCAUAUUGAAAAAGUUAACAGUAAGAAUAAUGUUAUAAGCUAUUUUUCUCCACAAAUCCAAAACGAAAUAAUUUCAAUUCUUGGAAAAUCAACUAGGGAAAAGGGGUUAAAUCGUAUAAAAGAAUCAAAAUAUUAUUCAAUUAUGUUUGAUUGUACACCUGAUGUGUCUCACAAAGAGCAAAUGUCUCAGGUUUUAAGAUAUGUAUAUAUUUCUAACGGCACUGUUUCAAUUGAAGAAACGUUUAUAGACUUUAUCGAAAGUCAUGAAAAAACUGGCGAAGGAUUAGCUUUAGAAAUAACAGAAAAAUUAAAAAAAGAUGAUUUAAAACUAAGUAAUUGUAGAGGACAGAGUUACGAUAAUGCUGCUAACAUGUCCGGAAAGUAUAAGGGUGUAAAAACACGUAUUUUGCAAAUAAACAAUUUAGCUAUGUAUGUACCGUGCAAUGCGCAUAGUUUAAAUUUAGUUGGCAAUGACGCCGCUAAAGUAUGUAUACGUAUGAUAACGUUUUUUGAUACAGUCCAACAAAUUUUUAACUUUUUUUCGUCUUCAACGAGUAGAUGGACUACUUUGAUGAAAAGUAUUAAAAUUUCAUUAAAAUGUACUAGUUCUAUUCGGUGGUCCGCAAAACAAGAUUCUGUAUCAGCACUUAAACGUAAUUUAAAAGAUGUAUAUAAUGUUCUAAUGGAAAUGUCAAAAAACUCAAAUUUACCUAAAGAGGUAAUUCUUGGAGCAACAAAUCUUUUGAAACAUCUUGAUUUUAAUUUUUUUUGCUUACUGAAUUUAUGGAAUGAAAUAUUGACAACAAUUAAUCACGUUAAUUUAGCUUUACAGAAGAAAAGUUUAAUGAUUGAUAGCGCAACCAAAAUGGUUAAAGGUUUAAUUUUAUCAAUACAAAUAAUGCGAAAUGAAGGAAUUGAUAAGGCAAUCGAAUUUGGUCAAAUUAUUGCUAAUGAUCUCGGUGUUAAAGCAAAUUUUUCUGAUAAACGAAAGAGAAAAGUAAAAAAAUUAGAUUUUGAAUUAAUUGAAGAUGAAUUAAUUAUAUAA